AUGGCUGAGCUACUUGACCCUGAAAAAGAGUACUUCUUCACCUCCAGCUCCACUUCUAAAAUAACAUCGCGCGAUGAUCACAGCUCCCCAGGACAAAAGAAGUGUCUAAAUCUUGUGCGCGGUUGCCAAACUUCUAAUGUCUUGAUCCUCGACGAUAUAAGAAACGUAUGGGCAAAGGAAAAUCAGGACAAUUUGAUAGUAAUGCAGAAGUACAAUUUCUUCAAAUCCGCUUGUCAUACAAUGUACCUCAAUAAUGGUACCAGCAGUCAAUCUCAUGCUGAGUUAAGGACCGAUGAAACCGUUUAUCUUGAACACAUUCUUCGUUGUCUUAAGCGAAUCCAUGAUAUCUGGACCAACACUCCUAUCAGCAUUGAUGUAAGGCAGGUGUUGAAGAUUCAUCGGAAGCAGGUGUUAAAGGGAUGUGAGAUUGUUUUCAACUCUUAUAGCCCUAAUCUGUGGAAAAUGGCAGAGGAGCUGGGAGCAACUUGUUCAACACAAGCGGAUGCGCCAUCAGUGACACAUAUGGUUGCAACAAAUGCUCGAACGAAGAAUGAUCUUCUGGCACUGAAGAACAAGUUUCUGGUUUGCCCACAGUGGAUUGAAGCUGCGAGUUACUUGUGGGAAAAGCAACCUGAACACAAGUCCUCCACCUUCAAUUAA